GCCAACACGAAUGAAUAAUCUAAUCAAAGGAAAGGAAGUCAAUGGGAGCGGUUUUGUCAAGCAUCUUUGGCGGCGGCGCCGCCUACGCCGCCGAAUCAUCAUCGUCGGAGCCAUCUCGCGUCAAGGAAUUUCCCUCUUCUGAUCGAUGGAAUCUCUAUUUCAACUCCGCCAAACAAGUCCCUAAGCUGAUGGUGAUCGAUUUCUCUGCAACAUGGUGUGGUCCCUGCAAGUUAAUGGAACCAGCACUCAACGCCAUGUCCUCCAAGUACACCGACGUUGAUUUCGUCAAGAUCGACGUCGAUCAAUUGAAUGACGUGGCCCAGAAGUUUCAAGUUGAAGCAAUGCCUACGUUUGUGUUGCUGAAGAACGGGAAGGAAGUAGACAGGCUCAUGGGGGCUGACAAGGCAGGGCUCGAGAAGAAGAUUGAAAAGCACAGGGAGAAACCAAAGUUUGCCGCUUAAAUCAUGUACCAAAUCAAAUGUUCUCUACAUAUCAUUUACUAAUGGUGACACCCACCCCAAUUAAUCCUUAUUUCUUAUGUAUCCAUGGAUUCUUAAAAUUUGUUUGUACUAAUAAGUUCUUAGCUAUUAUGAUCUUUGUUUAAAUCUAUCUUUGACUUUUUUCUUUUGCA